GAAUUUGACGUGGAUACAUAAACUUGGAGCAAUGCAAUCUGAACUUUAAGCGCAGCAUCAUCUCUUUAUAUUUAACGUAACUUAUUUGAUGACAACAAUAAAAGCUUUAAUAAUAACGUUAUGUUAGUUAAUCCGAUGAUGAUGAUGAGACACAUGAGAGGAUUCACGCAGACUCUCGCACCCUGACACCAGCGGGUUUAUCCGGGCGUGUGGAGGCUCAAGCUCACACAUAUGAAUGCCAUGCCGAAUAAAAUCAAGAAGGACAAGGAGUCACCAAAGUCCGCAAAAGUGGGCAAAACAGGAGGACAGGAGAACUCAGAUCAUGAGGGUUCAAAUAAGAAGGGCAGUAACAGCGUCCCACCCACCACACAACUGCUGAAGGGCAAACAGUCUGGAUCUCAAGCCACGGUUAAAAAAGACAAGAGACAAAGCUCGUCUAGAUUCAGCCUGAGCAACAAUCGAGAACUUCAGAAGCUGCCCGCGUUCAAAGAUGUUCCUCCCGCUGAGCAGGAGAAGUUAUUCGUGCAGAAACUGCGUCAGUGUUGCGUACUUUUUGACUUCGUGUCCGACCCCCUGAGCGACCUAAAAUGGAAGGAGGUGAAGCGGGCGGCUCUCAGCGAGAUGGUGGAGUACAUCACUCAUAACAGGAAUGUCAUCACAGAGCCCAUCUAUCCUGAGGUGGUUCACAUGUUUGCAGUGAACAUGUUUAGGACAUUACCACCGUCAUCUAAUCCGACCGGAGCGGAGUUUGACCCAGAGGAGGAUGAACCCACUUUAGAAGCGGCCUGGCCACACCUGCAGCUUGUUUAUGAAUUUUUCCUGCGGUUUUUAGAGUCGCUAGAUUUUCAGCCAAACAUAGCCAAGAAAUACAUUGACCAGAAGUUUGUGUUGCAGCUCCUGGAGCUUUUCGACAGUGAAGACCCCAGAGAACGAGAUUUUUUAAAGACCACUCUGCACCGCAUUUAUGGAAAGUUUCUGGGACUCCGAGCCUACAUCAGGAAACAGAUUAAUAACAUUUUCUAUGGAUUCAUCUAUGAAACCGAGCAUCAUAAUGGAAUAGCUGAGCUACUGGAAAUAUUAGGAAGCAUCAUUAAUGGCUUCGCUUUACCUCUGAAAGAGGAGCACAAAAUCUUCCUGUUAAAGGUCCUGUUGCCUUUGCAUAAAGUGAAGUCCCUCAGUGUGUAUCACCCGCAGCUGGCAUACUGUGUGGUCCAGUUUCUAGAAAAAGACAGCACACUAACUGAGCCUGUGGUCAUGGCUCUUCUGAAGUACUGGCCAAAGACUCACAGUCCAAAGGAAGUGAUGUUUCUCAACGAGCUGGAGGAGAUCCUGGACGUCAUCGAGCCCUCAGAGUUUGUCAAAGUGAUGGAGCCGCUCUUCAGACAGCUGGCCAAAUGCGUCUCCAGUCCUCAUUUCCAGGUGGCAGAGCGAGCGCUGUACUACUGGAAUAAUGAAUACAUCAUGAGUUUAAUUAGCGACAACGCUGCCAGAAUCCUGCCCAUCAUGUUCCCUUCGCUGUACCGAAACUCCAAAACCCACUGGAACAAGACGAUUCACGGUCUGAUCUAUAACGCGCUGAAGCUGUUUAUGGAGAUGAAUCAGAAGUUGUUUGAUGAUUGCACUCAGCAGUUCAGAGCGGAGAAAAACAAAGAGAAAGCAAAGUGGAAGGAGCGCGAAGAGGCGUGGAUAAAGAUCGAAAAUCUCGCCAAAUCAAACCCACAGUUCCUCAGGUACAUCGACUCCACCAGCUUCAGCUGUCCUAUGGAUAUGGAGACAGACGGACCGAUGCUUGACGAUGUCAUGAUGUUGAAAAAGACCGUGGAGGAAGAGGCCACUCAGAUCCACAGAGACCAGCGUAGGGAACGUCCCCUGAUGCGACGUAAAUCAGAGCUGCCUCAGGACACGUCGACGGUGAAGGCCCUUGAGACGCAUCGGCGCGCAGAAGACAUGAUCGCCCAGGAAGGUCACUAAAGCACCACAGACUCCCAAAACCAGCCCAGUCUCACCCCGCCACACACAGGCCGGUCCAGUACAGCACUGAUGGCAGAGGCACACGGCAGCGCUGGUGUGAUCCACAGACAUACCCAGUUCUGUUCUCCAGAAGCAACCGCGCCAGUGCCCGUCCUACAAGCAGGCCCUCUCGAGUCAUCUCUCAUUCUGGCUUUAUUCUCCUUUUGUUUGUUUAUCAUGCCUGUAGCAAUUCUCCUCAUACUGUUGUGCUGACAAACGCUGCAGGACCGGUCAGUUUUAACACAAGAGCACUUGAAGCCUGGCUGGAGUGAGUGAAUGAAUGAUUCUCAGGUUGUUUGGAGGCAGAGAACGCAGCGUUUCGAACCGCCCACCUUUUGGCCUCGGUUUUAGCUGGUCCAUGUGUUUUCCACUUCGGCUGUGGGAACUUUCAUUUUAGUCUUACUGUUCGACAAAGCCGACUGUGUUUUAGCAUUUGACAUGUGCUGGUUUGUCUUUUGAAAUGUCAAAAGAGAACUCGCCAGUGCAAAUACCUUCCAUUUUUCCCGAAAAUAUUUUUCGAGUUGGCAAUAAGUCCGUCCGGGGAGAUUUUGGUUGUUCAAACAAUGGCUUGUUUUUUUCCCUGACUCAUUGCAAAUAAUUGCUUUUAGAAAUACAUGCAUUCAAGCUUUUAACAGGCAAUAUUUAAUAACGUUUUCUUUGUGCGUUUUUUGACCAAGCCUUUAUUUGCAGAGUGCCUUUUUCGGACCUUACCUUUACGACAAACAUUUGAUCAACUUUUCAUCUGUAAAUGCGUUACUUGCAUUUUUACGAUCACGCGCGUUUUCAUUUCACUUGAAAAUGACGUCAGAAUUAACAAAUUUUUUUUGGGACCUGAACAAGCCCAACGAAGGACAAAGAGACUUUCCUGACAAACUUGAACGCCUUUCGUUGUCUUUCGUAGUUUAAAAAAAUUAUAUAUUUUUUAACCAUUGUUUGAACUUCCAGUAAAUUUCACCUGAUUUAAGCUACACCGCAAGUCUUUCAUUGUUUCCCGUAUGUCUGACCUAAUUUAAAGAUGCCUGCAGGAUUGUUUAUUAUCGGCUCACAGAAACUUGUUGAUGUUCGAUUCGAAUGUGCAAAUUUAAACAGAUAAUGCAUUAGUUUUCUCUAUCCCAACCUGUCUUGCUUUUUGUUUAUAAUUAAAAUGUCCCCCUCUGUAGAGCUAAAACCAUAUCCUAAAACGUUAUUUUUUUCUUCCGGAGUAUGCCGGUGUCAAUAACAUCAUUUAAAAAGUCUCCUUACUUUGAGCUGGAAGCUUUUAUUGUGGUGAUUUUCAGUUUCUGUUUUUACUUCAUGGCAGAAAUUAAACGCAAAGUGACUUAGUAUGACUCUUCCCUCGACUCAAUGGCUUCAUCUGAUAUUGUACAUAUGAUGUACUGUAAUGAUCCAUCUGUUAUUGAAUGGUAGAUCUCUUUAUUUUGUACAAAUGUUUUUGUGUACAGAUGAAAACCGUUUAUUAGCCACUUGCAGACAGUUGGUAUUUGACAGACUUCUGUAACUGCGUUAGAAACGUUUAGAAUUUCAUUUCUAAAGUGUUUUUUAUCUUUGUAAUUCUGAACUUUUUCUGUCUCUGCAUUCAGCUGUCUGAAGAGAUUGUCAUAAAUUAGCCUUUAUGUGCUUUACUCAGUCUCAAGUGGUAUAUGUCUAUAUACAGGAAAUAAAGAAAAUGUGUUUUAUAUUUUCAUCUUAACAGAA